UAUACCGUUGGUACCAUAGAAGUUCUCCGUUCCCGAGAGAGAGAGGGAGAGGGAAAGCGUAUUUGCUACUCGCUCUCUUGUUCUGGUAUUUUGCUCAGAUCGAUCUGAUCUCUCUCUCGCUCGCUCGCUUGCGCGCGCGCUCUCUGCUGACGCUCGAACAAGGGUUCCUCUCUUUCCAGAAUAUAGUUUACAACUUUGUUGACAGUCAUGGGGAAUAUUUUCGCCAACACAAACAAGGGAGCAAAUGGAAGAUUGCCAGCUGGAAAGCAGGAACAAAAUGGAAGCUUGCUGACUAAAAAGAAGGAAGAAAAUGGAAGAUUGCCAAGUGAAAAGAAGGAAGCAAAUGGGAACGUCAAAAGUGAAAAGAAGGUUACGGUUGUUUUUGUCUUGGGUGGUCCAGGCAGUGGAAAGGGAACUCAGUGUGCAAAAAUUGUCCAACACUUUGGGUACACCCAUCUGAGUGCUGGUGAUCUUCUCAGAGCAGAAAUAAAGUCUGGUUCUGAAAAUGGGACCAUGAUUGAGAACAUGAUUAAGGAGGGAAAAAUUGUACCUUCGGAGGUAACUGUUAAGCUUCUUGAACGAGCAAUGCAGCAAAGUGGUAAUGAAAAAUUUCUUAUUGAUGGUUUUCCUCGUAAUGAAGAAAACCGUGCUGCAUUUGAGACUGUUACUGGUAUUCAGCCAAAAUUUGUACUGUUUUUUGAUUGUCCAGCAGAAGAAAUGGAGAGGCGCAUUUUGAGCCGAAACCAGGGAAGGGAUGAUGAUAACAUUGAUACAAUACGGAAGCGGUUUAAGGUUUACAUGGAAUCCAGUCUCCCUGUGAUUGAAUAUUACAACUCUAAAGGGAAGGUUAGAAAGAUUGAUGCUGCAAAGCCUGUUGAAGAGGUUUUUGAAGCUGUAAAAGCAGUUUUCACCCCAUUGAAUGAGAAGGCAGUGUUACAGGCUGUCUAGAUGCUGCAAUUUUAGGCAAGAUAUCAAUCCAGAUGCAAUAUUAGGUUCUGCUUUCAGGGAGCUUAAAGACACCAUAUUUGGUCCCAUUUGUUACUCAUUGUAGAAAAUUAGUUGUAUCACUAUUUUUACUAUUCUUUGUAAACAGAAGUUAGCAGUUUACAUGUGAGAAUUUGCCCUCUACAGUCAUUAUGGUUACAUUGCAUAGAAAAAGAAACCCUACUGUUGUGUUGUGAAGUAGGAUUUGUGGAAAAAGAAAGAAACAAAAGGAAAAUAUAUAUAUAUAUAUAUUCUUAUGUUUAUAUGCAA